UCGGCUGUCCCGCCGGUAGCCUCGGGCGCUCGGAGCGAGCGGUCCAGGCGGCAGCGCCGCGCAGGGGGCCGGGAGUCGGCGGGAGGUAGGCUGCGAGGAGGGAGGCGGAGGCGGCCGGCCGCUGCUCCGACAGCCCGCGGCGCGCCCCAGCCUCGCGCGCAGCCUGGGACUUGGGGCUCUGGCGCCGGCGCGGCCCGAGUCCCCGCGCGGCCACAUGGCUCCACUCCGCGCCCUGCUGUUCUGCCUGCUUCCUUUGCACUGCGCGCUCUGGGCCACCGCGGGCAGUCGGCCCCCAGAGCUUCACCCCUCUGGAAAGCUCAGUGGCUAUGCUGUGACAGUACCCUGCAGCACGGAUUUUCGGGGACGCUUCCUCUCCCAUGUGGUGUCCAGCCCAGCAGCAGCCUCCUCAGGGACUGUGGUAGUGGACAUGCUACCCACACCGCUAUCCCAUUCCAGUCACCCCCGGGUGGCUCGAAGCCCCCUGAACCCAGAAGGAGGGACCCCGUGGCCUGGCAGGGUCGGGCACCACUCCCUCUACUUCAACGUUACUGUUUUCGGGAAGGAACUGCACUUGCAUGUGCGGCCCAACCGGAGGCUGGUGGUACCAGGAGCCGCAGUGGAGUGGCAGGAGGAUUUUCAGGAGCUGUUCCGACAGCCCUUGCGGCAGGAGUGCGUGUACACUGGAGGUGUCACUGGAAUGCCUGGCGCAGCUGUUGCCAUCAGCAACUGUGAUGGAUUGGCGGGCCUCAUCCGCACAGACAGCACCGACUACUUCAUUGAGCCCCUGGAACGGGGGCAGCAGGAGAAGGAGGCCAGCGGGAGGACGCACGUGGUGUACCGCCGGGAAGCUGUCCGGCAGGAGUGGGCAGAGCCCAAUGGGGAUCUUCACAAUGAAGCCUUUGGCCUGGGUGACCUCCCCAAACUGCUGGGCCUGGUGGGCGAUCAGCUGGGUGAAGCAGAGAGGAAGCGGCGACAUGCCAAGGCGGGAAGCUACAGCAUCGAGGUGCUGCUGGCGGUGGACGACUCGGUGGUUCGCUUCCAUGGCAAGGAGCACGUGCAGAACUACGUCCUCACUCUCAUGAACAUCGUGGAUGAGGUCUACCAUGAUGAGUCCCUGGGCGUCCACAUCAACAUUGCCCUUGUCCGCUUGAUCAUGGUCGGCUACCGCCAGUCUCUGAGCUUGAUCGAGCGUGGGAACCCCUCACGCAGCCUGGAGCAAGUGUGUCGCUGGGCACAUUCCCAGCGGCGCCAGGACCCUGGCCAUGCAGAGCACCACGACCACGUUGUCUUCCUCACACGGCAGGACUUUGGGCCCUCAGGUUAUGCGCCUGUCACUGGCAUGUGCCACCCCCUGAGAAGCUGUGCCCUUAACCAUGAGGAUGGCUUCUCUUCAGCCUUCGUGGUGGCCCAUGAGACUGGCCAUGUGCUCGGCAUGGAGCAUGAUGGGCAGGGGAACGGCUGCGCAGACGAGACCAGCCUGGGCAGCGUCAUGGCGCCCCUGGUGCAGGCGGCCUUCCACCGUUUCCACUGGUCCCGCUGUAGUAAGCUGGAGCUCAGCCGCUACCUCCCUUCCUACGACUGCCUCCUUGACGACCCCUUUGAGCCCACCUGGCCCCGGCCCCCGGAGCUGCCUGGGGUUGACUACUCAAUGGACGAGCAGUGUCGCUUUGACUUCGGCAGUGGAUACCAGACCUGCUUGGCGUUCAGGACAUUUGAGCCCUGCAAGCAGCUGUGGUGCAGCCACCCUGACAACCCAUACUUCUGCAAGACCAAGAAGGGGCCCCCACUGGAUGGGACCGGGUGUGCACCAGGCAAGUGGUGCUUCAAAGGUCACUGCAUCUGGAAGUCACCAGAGCAAACUUACGGCCAGGAUGGAGGUUGGAGCUCCUGGACCAAGUUUGGGUCAUGUUCGAGGUCAUGUGGGGGCGGGGUGCGAUCCCGAAGUCGGAGCUGCGACAACCCACCCCCAGCCUAUGGAGGCCGUCCGUGCUCAGGGCCCAUGUUUGAGUACCAGGUCUGCAACAGCGAGGAGUGCCCCGGGCCCUACGAGGACUUCCGGGCCCAGCAGUGUGCCAAGCGCAACUCCUACUACACCCACCAGAAUGCCAAGCACAGCUGGGUCCCCUACGAGUCUGAGGAUGAUGCCCAGAAGUGUGAGCUGAUCUGCCAGUCAGAGGACACGGGGGAUGUGGUGUUCAUGAACCAGGUGGUCCAUGAUGGGACACGCUGCAGCUACCGGGACCCGUACAGUGUCUGUGCCCGUGGAGAGUGUGUGCCUGUUGGCUGUGACAGGGAGGUGGGGUCCAUGAAGGCCGAUGACAAGUGUGGAGUCUGUGGUGGUGACAACUCUCACUGUAAGACUGUGAAGGGGACGCUGAGCAAGGCCUCCAAACAGGCAGGAGCUCUCAAACUGGUACAGAUCCCAGCAGGUGCCAGGCACAUCCAGAUUGAGGCCCUGGAGAAGGCCCCCCAUUGUAUUGUGGUGAAGAACCAGGUGACGGGCAGCUUCAUCCUCAACCCCAAGGGCAAGAAAGCCACAAGCCGGACCUUCACUGCCAUGGGCCUGGAGUGGGAGGACACAGUGGAGGAUGCCAAGGAAAGCCUUAAGACCAGUGGGCCCCUGCCCGAGGCCGUCACCGUCUUGGUGCUCCCUCCUGCUGAGGGUGGCCCCUGCAGCAGCCUGGCCUAUAAGUAUGUCAUCCAUGAGGACCUGCUGCCCCGUAUUGGGAGCAACAACGUGCUCCUGGAGGAGACAGACACCUAUGAGUGGGCACUCAAGAGCUGGGCGCCCUGCACCAAGACCUGUGGAGGAGGGAUCCAGUUCACCAAAUAUGGCUGCCGGCGCAGACACGACCACCACAUGGUGCAGCGACACCUGUGUGACUACAAAAAGAGGCCCAAGCCCAUCCGCCGGCGCUGCAACCAGCACCUGUGCUCCCAGCCUGCGUGGGUGACAGAAGAGUGGAGUCCCUGCAGUAGGAGCUGCGGGAAGCUGGGGGUGCAGACUCGGGGGGUGCAGUGCCAGCUGCCCCUCUUCAAUGGCACCCACAAGGCCAUGCCAGCCAAGACCUGCCCUGGGGACCGGCCUGAGGCCCGGCGGCCCUGCCACCGUGUGCCCUGCCCAGCCCAGUGGCGGACAGGAGCUUGGUCCCAGUGCUCUACCACCUGUGGAGAGGGCAUCCAGCAGCGACAGGUGGUGUGCAGGACCAGCACCAACAGUCUCGGGCAGUGUGAAGGCGAGAGACCGAACACCAUCCAGAUCUGCAGCCUGCCCACCUGUGCAGGAAAUCUCCAGAACUCCACAGCGAAGGCUGACAUCUGGGACCUUGCGACUCCAGAGGGGCAAUGGGUACCGCAAUCUGGACCCCUACAUCCUGUUAACAAGAUAUCAGCAACGGAGCCCUGCCUGGGGGACAGGUCCAUCUUCUGCCAGAGGGAAGUCCUCAGUCGCUACUGCUCCCUUCCUGGCUACUACCGGCUAUGCUGUGACUCCUGCGCCAAGAAGGUCUCAGGCCCCAACUCUAGCCCAGAUCUUGGCCUAAACUCACCACCCACUGCCUCCACUCUUGGGAGCCUCUUACCAGGACCCAAAGCCUCUCCAGAUGCUGUGGAGCCCACCAAGGAGCCAGCAGGACCAGAUGACCUCCAACACGGCCAAGCAACACAGCUCCCAGGACCUCCGGACACAAGCUCUCUGGUGACCCAACAUCCCUCUGUCCCCCAGAAACUGAGCCCUGGAACAUUUUGGGGUAUCUCCCCUACCUCUCCAAAGGAACAGCCUGGGGGCUGGACUCAGGCACCUGUGCCAGCCUCCAAGGAUAAAGGGUGGCCCAGGGAAGACCGGGAGCAUCCAGGUACCAACCUCCCUGCCACUGCCCCCGUGACAUGAGCCACGCCCCACCAUCCCACCAAUGACAUUUACACUGUGAGCUGCCCUGGGGAGCCCCAGCUCAGAGGACACACACACACAGGGCAGGGGCAAGCACGGACUUCCUUUUAAAUUAUUCACGUUCUAGUUCUUGUUUGGGGCUAUAAUGCUCUUUACCCCAAGAAGGGGGGUGGGUGGAAAAGAGAUCAGGGAGAGCCCUAACUGGAGAUACCGCAGCCAGUAGCCCCCAUGUCCAGGCUGAACCCCUCAGUGGCUCUUGUUGGUCUUCUGCCAUGACUGGGCCCUCCUCUUUGCCAUGGACCUCAGGCUAAGAGCUGCCAGGGCUAUCUGCCUUCCCCAGAACUGUGGGGACCCUGCCCAUUCUGGUCUCUUUGCCCAGAAAGGCAAAGCGGGGUGAGGGGAGGUGAGGCACUCACAGCCAGGACUGGGGUGGACAUGGAAUGAGGCUUCUGGCUGCAGGGCUGGGGCAGGUGGAGGCUCUUAGACCUGGCUCUUGGUAGCUGAGGGCUCCACACAGCUCUACCAGCAAAGGCCAGGAAGGCUGGGGAGCAGAGGCCAGCUUAACUUUGCUGGCUGGAGGGGAGUACCUGUGGCCACACUUUGCCCUGCAGAAGUCACUUCUGUUACUUCUGGUGACUACAGGUUAUAGACUGGCCUCCAGUCCCACCUCAGACCACCAGAGAAGGGGGAUUAGGACACCCUGGGCCCCUGUCCUCACCAUCCAGGGCUUUCCAGAUUGGUGCUUGACCCCUGGCUCGACCAGGACCACAGCUUUGGUCAUGACUCUGGGAUACAGAGGAGUUAUGAUUUCUCAGGCUGUGCCCUCGGCCCUUGCCCUCUACCAAAGACCAUUCCUGCUGGAGUUAGGGGCCUUCUUCUGCCUUGCUCAGGCUAGGCCAGAGGUGUGUGGUUCUCCAGGCUAUGGGGCCUCAAGGCAGAAAACCAGAGAGUCCACUUAUAUAUGGGCCCUGGCAGUGACCGGGGCCACCCAGGCCCAGUGCCCCAGGGCAGGAUGCUGGCCCCUGCCCCAGGUUGGGUUGAGGAACACACAUUGACCCAUGGUACUAUAGGGCCUCAGCCAGGCUAAAGUGUCCCCCGUGUAACCUCCAAGGGACAGGUAACAACCCUAGACCCUCUGGCUCUCAGGAAGUAGCCCAGGUCCCCAGCAUACCCCCCUACCCGGGGACCUCACCAAGGGUCCCUGCCAGGUGAUAGAGGUGCUUCUUGCUUCUUCCUUCCCUGAGGAGGGGCUGUUCUGAACCAGCCAAGAGGAAUGGGAGCAGUGAGCCCCUGGCCUGUGACCUCUUAGGGAACAGAGGUCCUGGGAGGCUCACCAAGUGCCCUUUCGACCUGCUGCCCUCCUCUGACCCUCCCUAAGAUGCCGGGGUGCGCACAGGGUCAUUCCUGUGGGUUCCAAUUAAACAGUGUAAACCCUUGUGCCCUGGAAAUGCAGAUCUUUAAACUUUUAUGUAUUUAUUAACAUUGCUCUUGGUGUUUUG